UUCUUCCUUAUCUCUUCUCCAUUUUUGCAGACCAAAGGGGAUCAACCUUUUUUUUCUCAAGGUUUCCUUCUUGUGUUCUUGCACAUUAUUUUUUCUUUGUGCAAACAAAACCAGAAUUCAUCAUGAAUGACUUAAAUUUCACUCCACAGUUUUCGUUUUCUAGAAAUUCUUCUUCAUUAUUAUCAGAACUCUUAUUAACAAGCGGAACAAAUCCACUAGAUUCAAUCUUCUUCUCAUCAAAUUCCAGUACUUGUUCUUCAUCGAACACCAUUGUUAGUAAUCCUUUAGAAUCAAUCGGUUCUUCCGUUUAUCUCCGCCAAAGAGAAUUUCUUGAAAAGUUCAAUUUCGAAAGGUCUAAGACUAACAACACUGCAACUCAAAACUCCCCCACCUCAGUGCAAAAUACUACUUCAUAUCUUAGUAGAAGUGAUAAGAUGAAGAAGCUUUACAGAGGCGUGAGACAAAGACACUGGGGAAAAUGGGUAGCUGAAAUACGAUUACCACAAAACAGAAUCAGAGUUUGGUUGGGAACUUAUGAUACAGCCGAGGUAGCGGCGUACGCGUAUGAUGUUGCAGCAUAUAAACUAAGAGGAGAGUAUGCUCGGUUGAAUUUUCCUAAUCUUGGAGAUGAAUCGAAGUUAAGGUUUUCGGAUCGAGCGCGACUUGGUGCAUUACGGUCUUCAGUUGAUGCUAAAAUUCAAGCAAUUUGCCAAAAGGUCAGGAGAGAAAAAGGAAGGAAAAGGAAAGGAAAAGGAAAUACUACUAAUAAUAACAAAACUAAUGGUGAAGCAGCAAAUCCAAAUUCAGUUUCGAGAUUGAGUUUGGAGUCCAUUUCAGAGGAAGAUUCUUCGUCAAAUUCCCAAGAUAAGAAUUGUUCUUCAGUGCUGCUGGGUGGUGGUGAAGAAGAUUUGGAUAUGGAAUUUGAAGGUUGUUGUUCACUUGCUAGAAUGCCAUCUUAUGAUACUGAUUUGAUUUGGGAAGUUCUUGCUAAUUAGUUAGUGCAGUAUAAAUUUUGUGAAAUCUUGUUUUCUUGAAGCAAAUAUAUCCAUCCCAUAGUGAAUGGUCUUCUAAGAACUUAAAAGUCCACGUAUAUUCUUGAAUACCUUUUUAUGUAGCUUCAGUGGCACCAAUAUUCUCCUCUGUAACAUACAAUUUGCCAAAAGGUCAGGAGGGAGAAAGAAAGCAAAAGGAAAUACUAGUAGUGAUAACAAAACAACUGACACAAUACUAAAUCCAAAUUCUGCUUCGAGGUUGAAUUUGGAGUCCAUUUCAGAAGCAGAAUCUUCAUCGACAAAAAGUGAUAACUGUUCGGAUUCAUCCCAAGAUGUGAAUUGUUCUUCAAUGCUGCUGGAUGGUGGUGAAUAUGAAGGUUCAGGGUUCAGGGUUCACUUGCUAGAAUGCCAUCAUAUGAUCCGGAACUGAUUUGGAAAGUUCUUGCUAGUCCAAUUUGUUGUUAAGUUGUUUUUAAAUUAUACGGUUUGGUGUAAUAAGUAAGAUGAGAAAGUAUAAAAAUAAAUGUGAUUGAUUUUAUUUGUUCUACUCACAUUAUUAUGAAUGGUUUGGGUUAAACCUUG